UGAACCGUCGCCUUUUAUAAUAAUUCUACCAAAUUCUACAGAACCUGAUGGUGCAAUAAUAAUAAUAAUAAUAAUCAUAAACACAUUAUUGACUUGCCUGUUAUCUGUGAGUUCUAAUCUAACUAAAUGCUAAUAAAAGAAAGAAGCAGAUUCGUCCCUGCCAUUUAUGGACAUACUGUAUAUGAAUUCAAAUUACAAAGCACAGACACAUAUGAAAGUGCCUGGUCCCUCCCCGCCCCCCCAGAAGAAACUGGUAAUCCUGGUUAAUCUGUGUCUCUACUGAAAGGCUGCAGCCAUGGCCACACCGGACCAGGGGUUAUUGAAUUUAGGGCUUUCAAACGUCACCAGUCCACCAUCUAAUAUUUUUACCAACAGAAGAGGUGAUGACCUAAGAUAUAGGUCUGCUCCAGAUGAGUUCACCACAAGACAAUGUCUUAGGCAACGAAGUCUACGAGAGCGUCUCCAGAUGAUCAGAGACAGAGAGAAGGCAGCGCAGCAUCACAACCGGCAGCUGAUGCAGCAGUUUGAAAAAGCCCAGGAAACUCUGAGGGAGAUGAUGGACAAAACGGCUGCAAUGAAAACAAUCCGGAUGGAGUAUGAGCGGUACCUGGAAGAGAACUAUCCCCGCUGGCAGCAGCAACUAAAAAUAAAAACUGAAGCUGCUCAAAGGAAGAUGAUGGAGGAUUGUUUGAAAAUAUGUAUGAGGAACACCGAGGAACAGGCCAGGUUGGCUGUGGCGCACGACUUAGCAUUGCAAGGUCAGGAAGGAAAUUCUGGGAGAGAUUCUCCAUGUGGAACGUCCCAAAAUUGCCAGUCUGUCACCAACCAAGACGACCAGAGCGGAGCUCAAGCUCACCCUGCUCAACAUCAGACCAGACUAAGAGUCGAAAGUGACCGUCCAUUCCUGCAAGGCAGAGGCCGGCCGGAUCACACCAGUCCCAUGUGGGCGAUGGACCUGGCCACAGGCGCAAAAGCACUGCUGCAUCACCUGAACACACCAGAGCCUUUAGAGGGAGGUCUGUCAUGUGACGAGUUGGACACCCAACCAGUUCGGCUGCGAUGGAGCUCUGCAGGAAGUGGCCAUGACUCCAGGCGGAGGAUGAGUGAAGACAGAUGUGAAUCCCUGGGGAGGAAUCCAAGCGGCUCUCAGCGAUCCUCAUCGAGCUCGAGUAAAAUGCUGGUCUCACCGGGCCAACACUCCGAAACAGCAGAGAGCAGAAGGCUGCUGGGUGUAGAGUGGAGAGGUGAAAGUGUAGGGGACAAUCAGCUGAGUAGUGAAGGGCAAUCAGAGAGAAGCAGCCAGGAAUCAGCCUGUUCCGGAGUGAAGCAGGGAGAUGGAGUCACAGAAGAGCAGCAUGGAGGCAGCAGAAGGGAGGAAGAGGAGGAAGAAGAGAGUCUGGCGGAGAGUGAUGAGGUUUCAUUAGGAAGAAGCACAACAGAGGAUGAAGACACGGAGGAAGACCUGGAUGAGCACGAGGGCGAGGAGUUGAAGUCGGGUGAGGAUGAAAAGAUUGUGUUGAGAGAAAGGAGUGAGAAGUUGGAAAAGAAAAAAGAGAGUAAUGAAGAGGAGGAAGAUGGAAAAGAGUGUGAUGACGCUGAGGGAGAGGGAGAUGAUUCUGACGAUUGCAUCGUGGCACCAAAGACAAGGUGUAAAGAGCUAAAGGGCAUCAGCGAAGAGGCCUCUGAAUCUGAAGACAAAGACUCAAGUGAAGGAGAUUCAGACGAGUCUAGCGAUGAGGACAUCGAGCGGCUCCUGGCACCGCGGCAACACGCACAAAAAGACUCGGAAGAAAGAUCCAAAGCGGUCCGCAACAAGCUCUUCCAGGUGGGACGGAGCGAGUCCCGGAAGUCGGACCCUCCAAGUGACCCUGACAGUUUUUAUGACUGAUGGGGCCUCCAUCAAAAGACAGUUAGAGUAGCUGUUCCUGAUGUACCACUUUUGUUAUUGUUUCUUGCAAUGUAACAUAUUAUCCAGCACAUGCUCAUUCAUUAGAUUGUAAAAUGGAAUUCUACCUCCUGAGUGGCUCUCUAUAAACACAAAUGCAGUAAAACCAAUGAGGUACAAAACAGUUUAUUUAUGAUGCAUUAUUCAUGUAAAGAAACAAUGCCCAAAAAUAAAACCAACAUUGAACAUGUUUGUGAGGAAACCCUUUUUUUUAAACAUAUUUUACAUCAUUAAUACAGUAUGAUCAAACUACAAUAUCGAAUCUGUCCUUCGGUUAAAUCUUCACCACCUGAGCAGCCAAACAGGGAGUGGAUCUCUUCCCACCCUCCGUCGAGCGGCUGUGCUGAAUGAGCAGCCGCCCGUAGGUUCCGCCCACCUGUCCUUUUGUGAGACGCCCGGGAUUGACACACACGCAGCCAACCACAUCCU